UGUCAAAGAUCUUGAGGAAUAUAUCUUGGAUUAAAAAUUGGUUUUAUAGAGUAAUUAUUUAAUUAAUUUUAGCUAACUGUCUUUGAUUUAAUAGAUUAUAUAUAGCUGUUAAUGUUUAGGUGUUUGUUUGCUUUACGGUUCUUCUCUGCGAAUAAAUAAUUAAUUGUUUUUAUUUAUAAGGUAGAUAAACAUGAAAGAAAGUGGAACUCACACAGUCACACUCUGUAAUAAUUGUUUUAAUUUUAGGAUUAUAUUAGAUUAACCUUAAACUAGUAUCAACGUUUUUAGAUAAAUAAACAGGGAAACAAAACAUAUGUGUUGUCUUCUUGAUAAGUUCGGUUAACGAGUGGGGUGGGGAAUAUUAUCCUCUUUGGGAAAGGGAACCUUUAUUGAAAUGAGAAAUUAUUAGUUUGUUUAUUGCUAAAUUUAGUAAUCGCAUCUCGCUGUCAUGAUGUUGACCGUUCUUCUUUAUUUUCAAGUGGACCGAUUUCAAAAGCAUAGUUUUUUUAAAAAAAUAUUAAAACCUUUUUAUGUAACAUUGAAGUGAUUCGAAUCUGUAUAAACCCCCACUACUUUGCUAGAUUUACCCGUUUAAAACUAAAAAUACUUUAAUUACCAGGCAUUUUUUAUUUUAAAUAUAAUUCUUUGAGCGUUAGUAUAACAUAACAAGAUUGGUGUAUGGUGAUUAUGUAAUAAUAUGAAUAUCGUUUUAUGUAAUAUGAGAAAAAUUCUUUGAUGUUGUUUAUCUGCAGUUGGUAAAUGGUGAGCAGAGAAACAGAGAUGAUAUCUGAACGAGAAGUAGAGUCAUCGACAAGACAUAAUGGAGGAGCCGGAGGAGGAGGAGGAGAGAAUCAUCCCUUUUCUUCAUUGGGAAGACAAUCAUCCAUCUACUCAUUGACACUCGACGAGUUCCAACACGCUCUCUGCGAGAACGGCAAGAACUUCGGAUCCAUGAACAUGGACGAGUUCCUCGUUUCUAUUUGGAACGCUGAGGAGAAUAACAACAACAACAAUCACCAAGCCACGGCCGCAGCAGCUUCACAUCCCGUUCCACCGAGUCAUAACGGUUUCAACAACAACAAUGGUGGAGGUGAGAGCGGCGUCUUUAGUGGUGGUGGUGGUGGUGGUGGUUCUUCAGGUAACCAAGCGGCUAAUAAGAGACCAGGGAUAGUGAAGCAGCCGAGUCUUCCACGACAAGGCUCGUUGACACUUCCAUCUCCGCUUUGUAGGAAGACUGUUGAAGAGGUUUGGUCUGAGAUACAUAGAGGUGGUGGUAGUGGUGGUGGUGGUGGAGAGAGCAACGGACGUGGUGGUAGUAGUAGCAAUGGUCAAAACAAUGCUAAUAACGGCGGCGGAGGCGGUGAGAGUGCGGCUAGGCAACCAACGUUUGGGGAGAUGACGCUCGAGGAUUUCUUGGUGAAGGCUGGUGUGGUUAGAGAACAUCCAACUAACCCUAAACCUAUUCUGAACCCGACUCCGUCUAGUGUUAUACCCGCAUCUACCCAGCAGCAGCAGCUUUACGGUGUGUUUCCAGGAGGUGGCGAUCCUACUUUCGCGGUGGGUGUAGGUGAUUACGGUAAAAGGGCAGGAGGAGGAGGAGGAGGGUAUCAGCAGGCACCACCGGUUCAGACAGGUGUUUGCUAUGGGGGUGGUGGGGGGUUUGGAGCGGGUGGACAGCAAAUGGGGAUGGUGGGACCGUUAAGCCCGGUGUCGUCAGACGGGAUAGGACAUGGACAAGUGGAUAACAUAGGAGGUCAGUAUGGAGUUGAUAUGGGAGGGUUAAGGGGAAGGAAGAGAGUAGUGGAUGGUCCGGUGGAGAAAGUAGUGGAGAGAAGGCAGAGGAGGAUGAUCAAGAACCGCGAGUCUGCUGCGAGGUCCAGAGCAAGAAAGCAGGCAUAUACUGUGGAGUUAGAAGCAGAACUGAACCAGUUGAAAGAAGAGAACGCACAGCUAAAACAUGCAUUGGGAGAGUUGGAGAGGAAGAGGAAGCAACAGUAUUUUGAGAGUUUGAAGACGAGAGCACAACCUAAAGUUCCCAAAGUGAGCGGGAGAUUACGGACAUUAAUGAGGAACCCGAGUUGCCCUCUCUGAACGAACAUACAAACGAUAGAAGAUGAAGAAGGAAGUUGUCAUGAUACAGAAAGAGGAAAAACUGAUGAGCUUGGUUUGUUUUGUCCUCUUGAGAUAAUAAAAAAUCUUUUACUUUUAGAUGCUUUUACGUCUUAGUAGGAAGAGCAUAAUCUGAUCUUCUUUAGUUCUGUUCCUUUGUCAACAAGAAAGUGAUUCUCUGUUUUAACGUCAUAAGAUUAUAACACCUGUAUUCUGCCACUAGAUACUUUACCAUCCAACUGUUUCUGUUGGAAUUUUAAAUGGUUGGUUAUUACUUGAA